CGCGCGCAGCUGCCCCGAGCCCCGCGCCGCGCCGCGCCGACAUGCUCCGACUGGUUUCCACACCCAGGGCGCUCCCGAGCGCGACGGGAAAUACCUGCCACGGGUUGUGUCUCAGCUUGAGUCCCAGCCGCCCGGGAUACAUUUCAUCUGUACAUGAAUGGAAGUUUAAAAGGUUUGUUGCUAAAUAUCUGUGAAAAUGGAAACCUCAUCUUUGCUUUCAUCCCUACAUGAAGACUGCAGAUCAGAGAACUACAUUGAACCUCAUUACAAGGAAUGGUACCGAGUAGCCAUUGACGCUUUAAUUGAAGGAGGUUUAGAAGCCUACAAAGAAUUCCUUUCCAAGGAGAGAUGUACAGAGUUCCUUGCAGAUGAGGAAAUUAAUUAUAUUUUGAACACUGUUCAGAAACUUCCUCCAAACACUGUUUAUUCCUCUGACAAUUCAGUUGAUGAUGCUUCUUCCUCAGGAACUUAUUGGCCUAUUGAAUCAGAUGUAGAAGCUCCAAACCUUGAUUUGGGUUGGCCCUUUCUCAUGCCUGGUAUUUCUGGUGGCACAAACAUUGAUCUGCUUUUUCACCCACCACGAGUACAGCCUUUCACAAUAAAGGAAACCAUUAGGAAGAUGAUAAGAGAAGCAAGAAAGGCCAUUGCCAUAGUCAUGGAUAUUUUUACAGAUGUGGAUAUAUUUAGAGAAAUUGUUGAGGCAUCUACCAGAGGAAUUGCUGUAUAUCUUCUUCUUGAUGAGUCCAAGUUCAGUCACUUUCUUAAAAUGACAGAAAAACAGGGCUGUCAAGUCCAGAGGCUCAGGAACAUGAGGGUACGAACAGUAAAGGGACAAGAUUAUUAUUCCAAAUCAGGAGCAAAAUUCCAUGGAAAGAUGGAACAGAAAUUUCUUCUAAUUGACUGUAAAAAAGUCAUGUAUGGUACUUACAGCUUUAUGUGGUCAUUUGAAAAAACCAACCUCAGUAUGGUUCAAGUUAUCACAGGACAGCUCGUUGAAUCUUUUGAUGAAGAGUUUAGGACACUCUAUGCUCGAUCAUCUGUUCCUAGUUCAUUCACACCAGAAUUAAUUAGGAUAAACAGUCGCAGGAUACUCUGGAAGAAUGACACAUACCAGCAUUCACUAUCAUCUUUAGCUUCAGUUUCUAGCCAGAGAAACCCAUUUGGUAGACAAGACAAAAUUCACAAUUUAGACCCAAUUUACUUGAAAACUCGAGGAAGAUAUGCAGUUAAUGAAAUAGAUAAAUAUGGUUUGAGAAAUAAAACCUACAAUAAGCUACCCUUUCAUUCAGGUAUGAAUAUGCAAAAUCAAAUCAACCAGUGUCAACCCACUGAAAGAAUUGAGCACUGGAAGAGACAUAGUUAUGCUGGAGAGAAACCAGAAAGGACUCCUUAUUUUCUGCUCAACAGAGCAAUGAAUUGGGUUAAUAAUCCACCAAAUACUUGGAAUAUGCCACCUGAUAACCUUAGUAUAGUGUCUUCAUUACGAGAAGGCUAUACAAAUAGCCACAAUGCACCCCAACAAAGUUUUGCUGACCAUUUUGCCCGACCAAAGAUUAAUCUUGUAGAAAGAAAUUCAAUCAUACGGAGGUCUUUCAACGGAACAGAUCAUCAGAUCCGCCAUUUGCAACAGAGAAUGCCUACCCUUGAACACACUACAAAGUCUUUUCUACGUAACUGGCGAAUCGAGUCAUACUUAAAUGAUCAAUUAGAUUACUCAGCAGCUUCUAAUGGAUCAGCAGUGGGAGACCGGUAUAAUGGUUAUGAUGCAGCUGAAAAUAUUAAAGCUCAUGCCCUUUAUUCUCACUCUCGUCUGAGGUCAUCAUUGGUAUUUAAGCCAACUUUGCCAGAACAGCAGGAAGUAAGCAGCUGUGCAAGUUCUUCAAAUUCAACUAUAAUUGAUUCAGAGGGAAGUGAAACACCUAAAGCAGUAUCCAACCAUGCCCCAAGUCUGAAAAAUGUGAUUGACAAAAGCUCACCAAAACUCAGCACAGAAGUCCCACCUCAACCAGAUGCAGCAAAAAGCCAUGGAAUGCAGACUGUAGAAGACCAAAAACCUAGUUUAAACCCAAACAUUAGUAAGAACUCAUCAGCAUUCUUGUACACAACCCUGUAUGCAGAUAAACAAGCUGAAAACAUGAAGAACCAACAAAAUGAAAAUAUAUUAAAAAGGCGAAGUUUCCCUAUGUUUGACAACUCAAAAUUCACGCUGGAUCCAGGUGUCAAAAAACAGGAAUGUAGCUAUGUAUAUAGCACACUGACUAGGCAUAGAAUUAAACAACCAGUCAAUAUGAAGCCUCCUGAGGACACACUUAAAAGUUCCAAAAGCUUACACAAUGUGACCAACCAUGUACCACCUGAAGAUAAAAACAUCAAAGGAGAAUCAAAGAGCCCCACUACUGCCAAGGCAAUUUCUAUGGCUGCUCUUGCUGAAGCUAGCAAAGAGGAGUCUAGCAAAGAUUGCACUUCAAAGAAAGAAAAUAAAAAUUCCCCGAGUUUCCUGAAAAAGGGAUCCCAGAAACUGAAAUCAUUUCUCAAUCUCACACCAGACAAGAAAGAAAAUUUGUCAAAAAACAAAGCUCCUGCUUUUUACAGAAUGUGUAGCAGUUCUGAUACUCUGACUUCUGAAGGUGAAGAGAAUCAAAAGCCAAAAAUGUCUGAGACUAAAACUGAUACUUUCCCAAGAAGAAAAAGGACUACAUCUUCAAAUUCACAAGGAAGCUUGCAUAAAAGUAAAGAAGAUGUUACUGCAAACCUUUCAAAGUCUCCUAAGUCACCAAAGUCACCAACACCUCUACCUGAUGAAAGCAAUAAAAAGUGUCCUCCUCUGUGCCCCAAAGAAAAUAAGUUCAUAGAAACUGCAGGAGAUGCAUCUGCUCCUAGAUUUAAUACUGAGCAGAUCCAGUACCAAGAUGUGAAAGAAAUGAUAACAAAUGCUACCCAUGAAACUGCACCUAUUUCAACCCCUUCACAAAGAGUAAAUACAGUGAUUCCUCAGCUUACAAUUGCAAAACAGAAAGAGGAGUUAUUAAGAUCUCAUUUGAAUGACAGACGUGUUUAUAGUCGCUAUGAGCAAUUCUGUAAAGUGGAAAGAUCUGGUCAACUUUCAGAAAACACAACAAAUAGCAGUUCAUAUCCCUCAGAAAUGAAAAACAAACCCUUAGAGAACAACCGUGCCAGGGGUAAUCAGAUGGUUAAUUACAACUCAGCUGCAUACCAUCCAUUACAGCCUAAUGAAAACAAGCUCCGAGGAUUUAUGCAAAAGUUUGGGAAUUUACUACAUAAAAACAAAUGACCUAAAUGGACUGAGGAUUAUUUGUAAAAUAGCCAGGGCAGCAAGGUUGUAAAUACUUAACUGGAAUUGAUCAAUGAGCAACUUUUGUACUUGGGUUUCUGCACGUGUUAGAACAUUGUAAUUAAUGUAUAUGUUUUUACAUGAUGAAACAAGAAUUACUACACUUAAGUCAUUACAGAUAAUAUGUAUCUACAGUCAAUUUUAAAGGAGAUAUUUAUAGCACAAAUACUGUAAGAUUAUUUUGAAAUACUUUCCGUUGUACAGAAAGUAUGUAAUAAUAUGUUGUAAGAAAGUUUGAAAAGGAUGCAGGAUUAUUUUUAAACUUCAGCCAAUAAUGUUUUCAAAAUAUGUCUUUUAAAAUUAGGGUGGUCCUGAGAUAAAUGGCCUGCUGUGUAUUUUCAGCAUGUAUGUGCUCUUGUCAAUCCAUUACAUGUUACUUAGCCUUUUAAACUAAUUUAGAAAAGCCUCUUACAGGCUAUUUCUUGUCACCAAUUUUUCCCAUAGACAAUAUGGAAAUGUUAGGACAACAGUGGAAAACCUUACUUAAUGUAGCAAAUAUUGUAUUUAAUAUUGAAUUUGUAUAUUAUUAUUACCACAAAUAUCAAAAUUUACUUUACCCAGGAUAUGAUGUACCCACUUAUAUUUUUAAACUAUUAUGACUGUGUGACUAUAGUGUCAGCUGUUUAAAAAACAUUGAUAUAUCAGGAUUCCUUGAAAAUAGUGACAGUUGAAAUUUCACCUGAACUAUAUAAUUAACUUUAUACUACACUUGCCAAUAUUGUGUCUUUAGAAACAUUUUUGCUGCAUUUUAAAUUUGCUGCUUUAAACAAGAAAACUAGUCUAUGAAUUUCUCAGGUAAGUAUUUAAGAAAGUUCUGGAUGAAAUAAUUCUACGUAAGCAUUGCUAGAUGUAUUUGUGAUUUGAACUUCAGUAAUAUGGUUAAAAAAAUUGUAGACAUCUCUAUUCACAAAUGGGAUUUAGGCUCAGCGUUUUAGUGUUCAUUUUUGGGGAUUCUUGCCACUUUGUAAAAUUCACAACUCAAAGUUGAGGUGCCUAGGCUCCUAAUACAAUAAUUGAGAGAGUAGGACAAAUAAGGAAAGAAUUCACAAAACUCAGCACACCAAGUGAGAAGUUGUCUAAACUACCCAACAGAGAAGGUUGCAGCUUACAAAUUGACUCUCAAGGGGAUGGUGAGUGCUUAAGGGUACAGACAGAAGUUCAGCUCCUAGCUGUAACUGAGAACACUUUGCAGAAAGCAUUCUGAGUUACAACGAUCCUCCAGACAAAACAGAAGUUCAUAGUUAGUUGCAGAGGGGAGGGGAAUCUAACUGCGCGCUGGGACCCUGCAGUCAGUUUCCCCUAGCAAUGGCCAUCCUGUCCCAGUUUCAGAAUGGGAGGGAGGAAAGGGAGCAGAGGAAGCUCAUUCUAGGGGAUCCCCAGCCAGUGCUGGAGCGUGGGGUGGGUAAAUGGCAGCCCCCUCCAUGUUGGGGGGGCUCCAAUAUACCUGUUCAACCCUCCAGCAGGGGCUGAAAACCCCCAGACCAAACUCCCUGCAUUUGUUUCCCCCCUCCCAUUGUGAAAACAGCUUGAGGAUGGCGGGUGGCAUAGACAGAAGUUACAGAAGACACUGUGUUUGAAAACUCUUCAUCUGACACCUCAUGCAACAAGGAGCCAGAUUUUCACCCAAUCAGCCAUUUUUUAAGCUGUCUGCAGUUGUGUACUUGUAUUUCAUCAUGGCUAUAAACUGCUUUCUGUGUCCAGAUUGGGCAGAAAUUGCCACUCUGUCUGCGCCCUAAGUGCAUUUAUAGACAUGGUCCAGGAGAUGGGGGAGGGCAGGCACUUUAAUUAGUGCAGCUCCGAAAGCCAUGCUGUUUAAAGUGCCCAGAUCAUCACAUGUAUCAGCGUCACAGCACUGAAAAAUGGCUGUGGGGUGCUUUGAACCAAAGUUUGUCAAACAAGCUUCCGUUUAAAGCACUGUGCUGUCAUUUUUCAGCACGAGGACACUGAUAAACAUGACACUAGAGUCUGCUGGAGUGUGGUAAUUACUACGCUCCAUCAGACUUGAUUAAUCAAAUCUGCUCCAAUACAUAGUGCAUUGGAGAAACUGCCCUGCACAUGUAUAGAAGCCCUAAGUGCUUAUCCAUUUUGCAUUAAAAAGCCUUUGCUAAAAUUCAUGCAGUGUAUUCAGAGCUAGAAUCUAAGUCAAACUUUCUGAGGUUAUACUCCCUCUUCUUUGCUCUUCCUCUGGCCAUAUGUAUCUUGAAUUCUUGGCUUCACAGUGGCACAUCUUCAGCAGAAGGCGUGGAGAGGCCUUUGUUUCCACUGCACCUUGCCUCCAGCCUGGUGGUUUGGGCACUCUCCCUGGAGGUGUGAGAUGUGUGUUUUGACCCUAUCAGCAUAAGGAGGGAAAUUAACUCAAAUUUCCUACUUCCAAGUUGACUGUUUAACACCUAGGCUUUUUAUAUAUAAUAUAGCUGGGCCAUUUUUGAAGAAAAGUGACUGUGGUUGCUGUGUUUUGUGCUGAAGUAAAUGCUGUCAGUAGGCACAUCUACACUGAAAUUACUGUGCAGUACAGGCACAUGUCUACAUGUGCAUGCCCGUAUUGCACAGUAAGUAUGGUGACUUAUGCCAGCUUGAAUAUAAAUUUGAUACCUGCAUCAUGCAGGUAUAACAUUUAUGCCUGAUUAGUUGUAGCAAAGUAAUACACAUGUAGAUGCCUUACUGUUCAGUAACACUGUGUGUGUGGACUGACUUGACGCUAACCUUACUCCCAAGUCAGUCCACACAUAGCAUUAAUGUGCUUUAAUGCUUGCAUGUGUAGACGCUGGCCUGUUCCCACUUACUGUGCAGUAAUUUACUGUGUAGUAAAUUUAAGACCACAUAAAUGUAUGUGUAGACAUGCCCAGUGUGUAUUAGCCAUGUCCAUGGCACAACUGCCAGGUGACAGGCACAGGAAUAUUCAUUUGUGAAUUCCAAGACUACCUAGGUAUGAGAAUGGCAGGAAGACAUUCAGUUCUGCCAAAAAUGAGGUCACACCCCUCUCUGUGUAGUAGCACAACUUUUGGUGCUUGGAAGCUUUACUAAUAAAAACUUAGGUCCAUGUGAAAUGAGGCACUGGUCUUAGACUUAGGCACGUGAGUGAUCCUGUCUUUUAAUAUUCACAUCCCUUUAUUAAUGUCUAUGUUUGAACCAGUUGUUGAGAUGAGAGCAGGAUUAUUUUCUUGAUUCCAUUUCAUUCUCAUCAGGAGAAAUUUUUAACAAGACUAGUGUAGUGGUGUACAGAGUAACAGCCUUCCAAACAGCAGUGCUAAUAACUAAUUCCAUUUUCAAAAAUGCAGCAACUUUAUUACCACUAUUGCUUUGACAGAGAGGUCAUGACUGAGCUCAUUGAUCAAAGCUUUAUCUUCCUGACACAAAACAAGUAGGACCUCUGUCACUGUAGUAUCCAUGUACCAUAAGUCACAUCAGUUAUUCUUGAUUUAUAUCAGCAUAAAUCAUACAAGAAUCUAACCAGGAAGAUACAUUUUUGGUCAGUCCAUUUUAGUUAAGGAUUAUUCAGAGAAUAGUUUCCUUUCCUUAGGAGGCAACUUUCCUUCCUAGAUAGGAAACCAGUGUCUUGGGCAGCUAAAUUUUGUCUUUAUGAUUCGUCUUCCAUCUCCUGUAUUGUUCUUCUUCAUAGUGAAGUCAGCUCUAUCACUUAUACAGCAGUUAAACUUUAGGGGGUGUUAUAACAGGAUGUAAGGAUUGAGGAUGUUCAGGGUUUAAUCCCAGAGAUCAUUGAAAGUCUUUCCAUUAGGCUUUGGGUCAGGCCCUAUGUUCCUCUACAAUUUAAUAUGGUGAUGAUUAUUUAGGAGUUGACUGAGUAUUACUGGUAAUUUUGAAAUGUAAAGGAGAUGUAACCCAAAGGUUACAUCUCCUGCCUGGCUGAUUUCUAUAUUUUCAGAGGCAACAGAUGGGGACAUGAAGUCAGAAUGAUGAAGUAAAAACAUCACUGGUUGAUGUGUAAGGCAUUACCUCAUCCUACUCCUCAAAAGUUCCCAUAAGGAUCUUUGAAGGCCCUGGCAUCAUCCUUUUUUUUUUUUUUUUUUUAAUCUAUUUUGUUCAUCUGCUUGGUCAGAAGCCUAUUUGUUCUGCCAAAACCCUCCCACCUUGAAUCUGGGGGGAGUCUUUGUAUUGUGAUGUAAUAAGCCUCAUUUAGAACUCGGUCCUGUUCUCCUUCAAAUGACAGAAUCAGGCCUUUAAUUAAACACAAUAAAAAAAACCUCAGGGAACAGUGUGCACAUCUACAUGAGACACAUUAAUGAGCAUUAGCCUAAUUUAAUGCACAUUAAGAGGACACAUCUACAUGUGUGUGCCUUUAAUGCACAUUUAAAAUGCUGAAAUUAGUCUAACUGCACCUAAAUUUGAUACCUGCAAAUGCAGGUAUCAAAUUUAGGCAUGAUUAGUUAAAGCACAUUAACACACAUGUAGAUGCGACCAACACUAACUUUAACACUGGGUCUGCCCAGCUACUAGGGGCACAUGGCAGGGACUUGGCACUACCUUUAGUGCCCAGUGCACUAACUUCGGUGCCAAAUCCCUGCACAUGUAGACACCUGGCAAAAAAUGUUAAUGUGCAUUACCCCAGUAUUAAGUAAAAUAAUGCAUAAUAGCAAUAAUAUUACAUAUUGGAGAUGGUAUGUUUAUAGCUAGUAGAAACUAAAGCUCUUCUGUCUUGAUCAUAUGUUGGUGCUAUCUUUAUGUCCUUCUAUGCAAAAAGUUCUCUAUUCCUCUUUAGUUGUGGUACUAGAAGAGCACAUAAGCUUUACUAAAACUGGUGCUAAUUUGCUCUUUGUAAUAUGAGCUGCCAUGGAGAAGACAUCAAAUUUGGUUCUCUCAACACAAAAAAUGCCUCCUCAGGAUAUUAGAGGUCUAGUCAGUUAGGACUUCCCUAGAGAGCAGCACUAUUAUUUGACAUUGUUUCUGCUGUAAGUAGUCAUUUAUAAUUGGGAGAAAAAGUUGUUUAGGACUCUUCAGAAACACACACAAGCUCCCGAGUUGGUAGAAAUCAGGUGUGUAGGCUCUGGAAAGUCAGUCAUUACACUUUUCUUGCCCUAGACAGCUUUGCAGCAUACCUCCAGGAAAUACUCAUAUUUUCAUUUUGGGGUUUCCAUUUUAAGUGCCAGAAGUGGCAGUUCUUUUUGUACACACUUGCAGAGAAUCUUAGGGUAUUGUUUUUAUGCAUUUGGGGAAAUAUUUUACUUUUUUCUACUAUUAUAAGCAGAUUUAUUAACUAGUGAUAGCACUGUACUCAAAAAAAUGCCAGUCUUGGAUGCUUAGCAGACCUUAGAUGUUUGUCUUCUUAUUGUAUGUAUAUUGGAUUUAGAACUGAAACAUGAUAUAGAUAUCCCCUUUCAGGUUUAAAUACAGUAUAUGUAUGUAUUCAAUAUAAGAGCCUGUUCAUAAUCCUUGAAUGGUUCAAAAAAGGUUUCAUGCUAAAACUGAUGUUUAUCUACUCAGACUUCUCCAGUACCUUGCAUUAUAACCUGAACCAAUACCAGCUGAAGUGAAUGAGAAAGGCUACCUUUGACUUUAAUGGAAAUAGGUUCAGACAUUUAUUGACUUGACAUCAGUGUUUUAGAACAGGGAUGGACUUCACCAAGGUUGAUCUGCCAUGGGGGUCUGUGAUACCAGGGACUUACCACUCUGCAUCUGCCUCUGGAACACCCCCUGUGUAGGAACAUUAACACAAGAUGAGCAUUCAUAAUAUUUUUAGCUCUAGAUUACCUGCCUGGAUGAAGAGAGAGAGAGCACUGCUUGUCCAUUCUUACCAGAGGUGCCUUAUUCACACAUGGAGAAAAUCCAAGCUUCCAUGGUAAAAGGAGGCUUUGGAUCAGGUCCUAGGAGAGAGAAAAGGAAGAGAUGAUUGGGGAAAGGGGAUGUGCAUAGACAUAGGACAAAUUUUUGAAGGAACAAUACCACCUGUACUACAGUUUCAUCAUUACAAAGGUUUCCCUCUGUUUUUCCUUGUCCCAGGAACAAGCAUAUUGUUAGCAAAACGUUAUGUUAGUGUGGCUGGGGUAGUAGUCAGGGAUGAUCUUACCUUGGGCUCAAGGCUAAACUUGAUGACCUUAUGAGGUCCCUUCCAGUCCUACUUUUGUAUGAUCCUAUAAAUAUUUGAUAGACCCAUACCUUAUUAGUUACUCCACACACACACACACACACACACACACACACACACACACACACCCUCCCUCCCUGUGUUCAAGUUUUGCAACUAAUAACUACUGCUGAACGGUACAACCAUUUAGCCCAAUGGCUUGGGAGUUGUGGUACUCAGAAAAAAGAACAUUUCAUUUCCAUCUUAACUAAAGCUGAAUUAAAAUUAGUGGAUAUAAAACAGUGGUUAUGUGAAAGCUGAUCAAAGUUUUGGAACAUUAAAAACUGCAGGGGAGAGAUGUGGGCAGAGUGAGGUGAGGUAACCAACAUUACUUUAAUAAAUGCAAACUCUAUAUAUAAUAAGCAUGCCAUAUAUUUAUUACAUAAACACACCAGAUUUAUCAUCAUAAUAUUAAUUGAAGAAAUUGCUUCAUUUAAUCAAUUUUGUAAUAAACACAUUUUACUACCAGUUUACAAAAUGUUGUGGUUAUUGUUUUAAUUUAACUUGCCCUCCAAAUUAUUUCUUUUGUUACCGUCUCAAAUGUGAAUCCAGGAUAGGAAGGAAUUAAGAAUUAACCUAAAUCAAAUAUUCAAAUUUAGACCAGCAGCAGGGUCAGGUUCUAAUUCCAGAGGCUAAAAUAAUUUAUUUUCCUUUGGAUAAGAGAAAAGGCAUAAUUCAUAAUGGUAAGCAUUGUCUUUUGCUAGCAGGAGCAAAGUGCUCUGGCCUUAAAAUAAUACCUUUUACAGAAUAAUUAUAUUGUAUCACUAUACAAUUUUCUAAACUAUUAAAGUUUUCUUAAUGUGUUAGCACAGCGGUCUAGUUGAUAAAAGGAGGUAUAAUGUAAAAAACCUGUUAAACCACGUCAAAAUGAAUUGCAAAAUAAAUCCUCUUAGUUCUAUAAAAACUGUCAUAUAUUUAGUGUGGUAAUAUGAAUGUUUUCUUACCACUUGUGGGAACAUCUGCAUAAUCUGCUUGUGCCAUUGGAAAUGUGAGUAAAACAUUCAGAUCAAUAAAACAAUUAUACCAGCUGUAAA